CUCUCAACCGUCUACGACAUGUUCCAACGCGAUCCUCGUGCCGGUGUGUUCCUUGGAGGCGACCGUGUCUCAGGCCAAGAUGUCCGGGACCAAAAUGUGCUCGCCGCGCAAACGAUCGCGAACGUGGUGAAGAGCUCCCUGGGCCCCAUGGGGCUCGACAAGAUGCUCGUGGACAACAUCGGUGAAGUGACCAUCUCAAACGACGGCGCGACGAUCCUCGGGCUGCUCGCGGUCGAGCACCCCGCGGGGCGCGUUUUCGUCGACCUCGCGCAAAAGCAGGACAAGGAGGUCGGCGAUGGGACGACGUCCGUCGUGCUCAUCGCCGCGGAGCUGCUCAGGCGCGCGAACGAACUCGUCAAGCAGAAGAUCCACCCGACGACGAUCAUCACUGGGUACCGUCUUGCGUGCAGGGAGGCGUGCAAGUUCAUGCAGGACCAGCUGAGCGUGAAGGUCGACGCGCUUGGGCGUGAGGCGCUCAUCAAUGCCGCGAAGACGAGCAUGUCGAGCAAAAUCAUCGGAGGCGAUGAUGAUUUGUUUGCGCCCAUGGCUGUGGACGCGAUGUUGGCGGUGAAGACUAUUAACUCCCGUGGCGACAUCAGAUACCCCGUCAAGGCCGUGAAUGUCCUGAAGGCGCAUGGAAGGAGUGCACGGGAGUCCUUGUUUGUUAAAGGCUACGCGCUGAACUGCACUGUUGCCAGCCAGGCGAUGAAGAAGCGUAUCACGGGCGCAAAGAUUGCAUGCCUUGAUAUCAACCUGAUGAAGGCCCGCAUGCAACUUGGUGUUCAAAUUCUCGUUGACGAUGUCGAAAAGCUCGAAGACAUCCGCAAGCGGGAGUCUGAGAUUACCAUCGAGCGGAUCCGCAAAAUCCUGGCUGCUGGUGCCAACGUCGUCCUUACGACCAAGGGUAUCGAUGACCUUUGCCUGAAGGAGUUCGUGGAGGCUGGUGCCAUGGCUGUCCGCAGGUGUAGGAAGGAGGACUUGCGCCGCAUCGCGAAGGCGACCGGCGGUACUCUGGUCUCCAGUCUUGCCAACCUUGAGGGCGACGAGUCUUUCGAGGCUAGCUUCCUCGGCCACGCCGACGAGGUUGUUCAGGAGCGCAUCUCUGACGACGAGCUCAUCCUCAUCAAGGGCACGAAAGUCGUCAGCUCGGCUUCCAUUGUGUUGCGCGGCGCGAACGACUACAUGCUCGACGAAAUGGAGCGUGCGCUCCAUGACACCUUGUCAAUCAUCAAACGGACCCUGGAGAGUGGUUCCGUGGUUCCCGGCGGUGGCGCCGUCGAGACAGCCCUCAGCAUCUACCUAGAGAACUUUGCGACGACUCUAGGCUCGAGGGAACAGCUCGCGAUUGCGGAGUUCGCCAGCGCACUUCUCGUCAUUCCCAAGACGCUUGCGGUUAACGCGGCGAAGGAUUCGACCGACUUGGUUGCGAAGCUCCGCUCGUACCACAACGCCGCGCAAAAUGCGCCCAUCGGCGAUCCCAAGAAGGCCCUCCUUCGGUACGGCCUUGAUCUGCUCAACGGACAGGUCCGGGACAACGUCGGGGCGGGUGUCCUGGAGCCGACCGUGAGCAAGGUCCGCAGUUUGAAGUCUGCCUUCGAGGCGGCGGUGUCGAUCCUGCGGAUAGAUGACGCCAUUCAGUGCGUCCCCGAGCAAAAGGGUGAAGAUCCCCACGGGCACUAGAGGAAGGAAAGUAGAAAGGAGUGACGGCUGCAUAGCGUAUAUAAUGACUCUUGCUGCAUUGUACAUCACCCGCCAAUGAUACAGUACUCAAAGGCAGUCCAUCUA